UUUGAUUUGGUCUUUUGCUAGUCGUCGCCCGCCGUAGACCGUGGCCAGUGGGCACUUGUUGGGAGUGCGAGAUUCUCUCUUUCUGUAAUCGCGUUUUGCUGAUACCCUUUCCUUAUUCAACCUCUGCAACUUCUUCUGGCCGCCCCUAUCCUUCAGUAUGGAUAAUAAGCACACAAUUAUCCUAAUGCAGACAUCACAUAACAGAUCAUCUCGAACAUUUAUGGAUUAUGAGUCGAUAAGCCAAGCAAUGGAUGGUAUCUGUGCAUUGUAUGAAAAGAAGCUGAAGGAGAUAAAUCCAACCCUCAGAAACAUCAGUUAUGACAUUGGUGACUUGUACAACUUCGUUGAUGGGCUUGCUGAUUUGAGUGCAUUAGUUUUUGAUCAUUCUAUUCAGGGUUACUUGCCAUAUGAUAGGGAAUGGAUCAAACAGAGGACACUUCAACGACUCAAAAAAUUAGCAAGGUGAAUCAAGGAGCAAACUGAUUUGGGUUCUUGGUUACUGAAUCGCUGCAGAUCCUAUUUGCAGUACUGAAAGCAUUCUAUCUGUAAGAACGGUGUUUAUAUGCACAAAUUUUCUGUAAUGUGAAAUGUAGUUAUUUUACCUUAGGAUGUUGAACUAGAUUUGAAUCCACAGUUAUGAUGGCUAAAGAUAUACAAGGUUUAGAAAAUAUACACCCAACCGACUGAUUUGAUAUUUAGCCUGUAAUUGAAUGACAGAAAAUAUAUCUUUAAACACUAUUGUUAUCGUAAUUAACAAGGCA